ACCUUGCCUUAUAAAUCCACAUCGCCCUGCGCCCCCUACCGCCCUCUCUAGUUCAUCGGAGACUCCCGCAUAUUUUCCAAAGUGCCCACCAUGGCCAACACUGAAAACCCUCCUGAUUCUUCUGCGCCAGCCGUUACCGAAGCACCGAAUGUGGGGAAAUCGGCCAGUCCCGCGGGGGGUUCACCAUCGCGACCAUCCUCCUUGAAUCUUGCUCAGCACCAGCUGCUAGCAGCUCUCAGGGCAACCGACGUUACUAUAGGCCGCUUAGACAAGCUCAUGACAUCGGCCUAUGGCCAAGAACGAAUUUUCGCUGUCACCGGUUAUCUUACCCAUGCGCUCCAUCACCUCCUCGCCUCCGCACCAUGGAUUGCCCUCCAGACACGAUUGGGUCUUCUAGCCCGACUGAGGUCAAAAGCCAAACAGACCCCACCGAACGCGACUCCCUCACAAUCCCGGCUUCUUGCCCUGUCCGCUCUUAUGUCAGAGACCCGCUAUAGCCUCCGGCUUCUGGGCCUCUUUCCUCUUUGGACCUGGGGCUCUGCCACAAUAAAGUCUCCUCCAUCAGACCGCAUAAUUUACACCCUGACCCUCCUCCAGGUGCUUGUGAACAUGAUUUACCAAGCACUUGAGAAUGUCGGCUUCCUAGCCUCCAAGGGUGUAAUCUCGAAGAAGCUAAUCGAUCGCUGGGGAGGUAUCGACAAGUGGUAUAUAUGGAGCACCCGGGCCUGGUUUGGGCACAUCUUCUUUCAAUUCUUCGUACUAUGGAGAGAGCACGUACUCCGCAAGAGGAGAAUGAGCGGCGAAGUGUCGAAGGAGAAGCAGGAAGAAUCCCUGAAAGCUGAGCUCCGCGCCUGGAAGAAGAGCCUAGUGAAUAAUACCUGCUGGGCUCCGUUGUGUCUUCACUGGUGCUUCGAAAAGGGAAUUGGUUUCCCCGAUAGCCUGAGCGGAGUCGUUAGUUUCAUGGCUGGGGCCUGGGGCGUUUAUGAUUUAUGGACCGCGACUGGGCGGUCCUAGACCAAACAUGAUAUCCGGCUGGGCUGUGAUCUGUACAUAAGUUUGAUUUUAGAGUAUAUUAAGUGGCGCGAUUCGGAGGGGCGCUGAACCUUAAAAGAUUUCAUGAUAGACUAAAAUUUCGCUAAUUUAUAUAGUUCCAUUGCAGAGCACAUAUUAGCAAUUGAUACUGAAGAUAGCCUCCAUUA